GCUCUCGACUGGUCGCAACGUCUGCAAGGGCGGAGGACUACGUUGCCCAGAAUCCGCCCGGCGAAGGACGCAGGUCGGCGCUGGACGAGGCGGCUGCCGCGAAGCCCAACUCUCCGUCCUCCGAUGGUGCCCUCCCGCCUGCUGCUUCUGCCUCGCCUGCUCCGCUGGCCCUCGCUGACCCGUGCCUACUCGGCGGCAGGGGGCAACCCUGCCAUGGAGAAGCCGGUGGGGGCGGCCAUCCGGGCCAAGCUCCAAGAGGCCCUGCAGCCCGUCCACCUGGAGGUCAUCGACGACAGCCACAUGCACGCCGUGCCCCGGGGCUCGGAGACCCACUUCCGGGUGGUGGUGGCCAGCCCCAGCUUCGAGGGCCUCUCCCUCAUCCACCGCCACCGGCUGGUGAACGACAUCCUGCAGGAGGAGCUGGCCGGCCCGGUCCACGCCCUCUCCAUCCAAGCCAAGACCCCGCAGCAGUGGAAGAAGAACCCCGCCCUCGGCCAGAGCCCCCCGUGCCUUGGCGGGUCAAAACACGACCCACACAUGGCCAGCAAAAUGGGGACGCGGGAGUGAAGUCCGCCGGAGGACGGGGGGCCCCCGGGAGCCGUGUGGAGGGGCCCGACCACCGUGACAUCUCAAAGCCCACUUCCGCUGCUACCACACUGAAGCUUUGCCUCACCGCCGUUCAUUGCGAGGAGGUUUCCUGGGCCCUGCCGUUUCUCUGCUCGACAGGCCGGCUGUCUGGCUUUUGCCACAGCAGAGGGGUUUGGCUUCCUUGAAGACGAACGUUCUGGGUCUUGUGCUUUCCAAAGCCAAUUAAACCUCUC